AGUGCGUGUAAAGGAUGGCAGAAUUUUCAUUUUGAAGCUGAACUACUCCUUUAAAUAAAGGAUGCCAUCAUUUUACGUUCCAUAAUUUGGCAUGUUGCUAGAAAUAAGAAAAUGGUGAAAUAUGUUAUGAUAAUAUGGUUCACACGUCUGUUUUUACUCUCACCAGGAAACUCGGAGGCGAAGAGGAUACCAGCAGCUCCAUCGCUUGUCGUGUCAGACGCCUGUGAUUGGGCCACCGUGGUAAGCGCUGAGAAAAGUAACAGAUACCACAUGGCACGUGCUACUCGGAGCCCUCAGUCUACUGCGACUGGAGCGGUUGGCAUCUGACGCUCAGGACCCCAAAACAGCAAUUGAAGUUCGAAACUCGCUGAUGUAAAUCAUGUCCGUGCCGCCCCAACCACCAGCAUCGCCUUUCCUCGCUCUGCAUUCUAAAACACACAAGGACACCAUCCUGCAUCAGUUUGACAAGCUCAGAAGGAGAGGGAUGCUUUGUGACAUAACUCUCAUCGUGGAAGAUGUGCAGUUCAAAGCACACAAAGCUCUUUUAGCGGCGAGUAGUGAAUAUUUCUCAUUAAUGUUCACCGCCGAAGAUCAGGUGAGCCAGACGCACUACAAACUCGAUGGCAUGGCGGCCAAGACCUUCGAGGCCGUGCUUGAGUUCAUCUACAGCGCAAAUGUGUGCGUGGAGGAGAGCAGGUCUAAACAGCUGCUUGACAUGGCCCGCUUCCUGGAGAUACGAGAUCUGGUGGAAGCCUACGAGGACCUUCAAGAAGCCAGCGUCAAAAGAGACGAUGAAACCUCAAAGAUUAGGUCCAAGCGCAAAAGAGGCCGUCCAAAGAAGAUCACGCAAGCUCAGGAGUCUGGCCAAAAUGAGAAUAAAACUUCUUUACAAGCAGAUACAAGAAGUUUGCCAACACAAAGUAACACUGAGACCAUCUCGGAAGGUCUCUUAGAUUCUUCCUCUCCGCCCGGAGACUUAAGUGACAGCGAUUAUAAGCCCAGAGAAGACCGACCCCGUCACAGCAAGCGGAAUAUAAUGCAGCCCGUCAAACUGAGAGGCUUCAGGUUAGAAAGCGAUUUGGUGGAGAGACGUGAGCGGGGAAAGAGAGGAAGAAAGAGAAAGUACCCAGACACGGAAGCCAGAUGUGAAGAUUGUGGGAAAGUUUUUAAAAGCCAUUUGUUUUUGAAGAUACAUCGGCGAACUCACACAGGGGAAAAGCCGUUCGAAUGCAGCGUUUGUGGGAAGAGAUUCACUCAGAAACACACGCUGUUGGUUCAUCAGCGCAUGCACACGGGUGAAAAGCCCUUCACCUGCACCAUCUGCUCCAAAUCUCUGUCUACAAAAGACUCUCUACAGGAGCACAUGAACCUGCACACAGUGAAUAAAUCUUUCAGUUGUGAUAAGUGUGGAAAAAGGUUCAGUCAGAAGCGACAGCUGAAGAGUCAUUACCGGAUUCACACGGGAAAAGCCUUACCCGAGUGUGCACAAUGUCAUCAUAGAUUCCUGGACGCCGCUCAACUGAAGAAACAUCUCAGAACUCAUACAGGUGAGAAACCUUUUACAUGCGAGAUCUGUGGCAAGUGUUUCACAGCCAAAAGCACCCUGCAGACACACAUCAGAAUACACAGAGGAGAGAAGCCAUACGUCUGCAACAUCUGCGAUAAGUCCUUCUCCGACCCCAGCGCCAGACGACGUCACGUAGCCACACACACGGGUAAAAAGCCCUUCGUGUGCCCUGUAUGCAACCUGUUGUUCGCACGAAUGGACAACCUCAAAGCCCACGCCAAAACUCACAACAAAGAGCGUCAAAGCACCGACGCCACAGAGCCCGCAGCGGUGGAGGCCGAGCCAGGGUCGGCAAAAACGCACAGCAUCCUCCAGCUCCAGCCGUACCAACUCCCGACCCACUCUGAGCAGGAGAUCCAGCUGGUGGUGACCAGUGAGGUGGAGAACAUCAGCCUGGGCCAGGAUCAAAGUAUCAGCAUCAUCUCAGAUACUUCAGAGGAACCGGGUCUCACCCUCCUCACCCAACCACCAGGACACGUCCAAAACCUGGCCCUGGUCACCCCGGAGGGAUUGGAUGCCGGGACUCAAAUUCAAACCAUCAGUGUUCUGGGAGGUCAGGUGACCGACGGACAGUCCGAGCAGAUGCACGUGAUCACGCUGUCGAAGGAAGCCAUGGAGCACCUGCAGGUUCAUCACGGACCGCAACAACAGCUGCAGGUGAUCCAUCAAGGCGUACCACAGCUGUCCGUCCCCCAGGACGCCUCUGCCGAAAGCAACAGUCAAACGGGAAGCAUUCACAUCGGCAACCAAAGCGGUCAGCCCAUCUCCAUCAGUCAGACCAGUGAACAAAUCACCAGCGACCAGAUUCAGGGUCAAACCUUUCAGAUCCAGGCAGGGACCGUCUCGUACCUGUACACCACCAGCAUGAACCCGCACAACUGA